AUGCAAUAGAAUUUCAAAGAAGAGUUAAAAUGCAUUAGCUGCAAUAAGUUCUAUAAUCUUAAUGAAAGAAAGCCGAUUUUACUUCCUUGUGGUGAUGAUCUUUGUCAGUAAUGCUGCAAUGAUUAAAAAGAUUAAAUACAAAACGAGCAAAUUUAAUGCCCCUUUAAUGAAGCACAUCUUUGUACAGUUGAUCAAGUAAUGUAACACAAGGGUUUUAUAAGAAUGCUUGAAAAAUAUCAAUUCUACCUGAUCAAAUGUGAUAAACACCCAUCGAAAAAAUCAGAAAUUUACUGCAAGCAUUAAAAUACAAUGGUCUGUAGUAAAUGCUUGUAGAUUGAUCCACAUCAGCAUUUUUUCACAGAUUAAACAUCUCAUUUUUCAUUUGAAACAAAAUUCUUGAAUGAAUCGUUUAAAUAAAUGAUACCUAUUCUAUAAGAAUAGAUGGACUAGAUAUAAAAAUUGAUGGAUUAAAUGAAUUAAUUUAUCAAUUUGGAGAGAAAUUUCUUGGUUUCAGAGAUUCAAAAUAUGAUUCAGAAAAAUUGUAGUAUUUUAUAGUACUCUGCAGUCGAUGAUUAGAUUAAGCAAAAUCUUAAGGAUUAGAGUGCUAACAUAUAUAACUAUAUUUUAAACUUCUCGUAAAAUUUUUUACUUUACCUUUACUCUAGAGAUACUUUUAAACAAAUGAAUAAACAAAUAGAAGAUGAAUACGUGUAAAAAGCCAAGUUAGAAGCUGAUACAAUUGAUAAAAUACCAGAAAAUGAUAGAGUUAAAUACCAUCAAUUCAGAAGACUAGUAGAUCUCUAAAUAUAAGAUAAAAAUAAGCCUGUUAGCGUAAAAAGUUUGUUAAGAUUCAAUGGACCCUCAAAAAUUCUAUUUAAGGGAACGAGAGACGGAUUUAAAGCCACCAGCUUUCAUGAGAAAUGUGAUAACAAAGGACCAACUAUUACAUUUAUUCUAAGUGAGCAUGGAGAGGUAUUCGGAGGCUACACCUCUCUCUCGUGGGAAUCCCCUAGCAAUAAAUAAAUCUUGGCAGAUAAAGAUGCAUUCAUAUUUAGUUUAAGUAAAGACACUCUGCAUUAAUAAUAUCAAUACUUCGAUUAUGCAGUUAAACAUGAAAAAGACUAUUUAAUGUAUUUGUGA